AUGGAUUCUGCAGGGAACAUCUAUCGGCAUAAGGUCGAUUUCGCGGCCCUGGCCUUACAAGACCCGGCCUUCAAGGAGUUCUUGAGUGCAAAGGGACAGCUGGAUUUCAGCAACCCAGAUGCCGUUAGACAGUUGACCGUUAGCCUACUUCGUCGUGACUUUGGCUUGGAUGUCGAGCUUCCUGACGACAGGCUCUGUCCGCCGGUGAAUGAUUGCAGUCUCAACUACAUACUGUGGCUGCAGGAUUUGAUAGCCUGCACUGGCGAUGACUACGGAGAAAAACUGGACGCUGAAAGAGAUGUUGUUGGUCUCGACAUCGGAACGGGAUCAAGCUGCAUAUAUCCAUUGCUAGGAACAGUGCACAGGAAGCGAUGGACAUUCGUGGCAACAGAUAUCGAUGAAAAGAAUUUACAACAUGCUAGGGAAAAUGUGCGGCGAAACCACUUGCAAUCGCGUAUCCAGGUGGUAGAUUCCACGCCAGACGGGCCCUUAAUCCCUCUUGACAGAAUCCAGCGAAAGAUGCUAGACUUCACCAUGUGUAAUCCUCCGUUCUAUGAAUCCCACGAGGAGAUGCUGCAACUGGCGGAAGAGAAGGAGCAUGAGCCACUUUCUGUUUGUACUGGAGCAGAGAUGGAAAUGAUUACGCCCGGAGGAGAAGUUGCAUUUGUUAAAAAGAUGAUCCAGGAGAGUCUACGUUUGCAAGAAGCUGUCAGAUGGUACACCUCCAUGCUAGGCAAACGCAGCAGUCUCCUCUCACUUAUCGACGAGCUCCAGAGGCUCGAUAACAAAAAUUGGGCGGUCACGGAAUUUAUCCAGGGGGAUAAGACCAAACGUUGGGCUAUAGCCUGGUCAUGGAAGGAUAUACGACCGACAAUGGGAGUUGCGAGAAGCAUAUCCAACGUUCCCAAAAAACACCUACCCUUCCCGUCUGAGUUCCAUUUCAGCCUGCCAUGUAAAUCCGUGGACUCUUUGAUCGAAGUGAUAAAUGCUGAAAUCAAAUCGUUCCGGAUUCCUUGGAAUUGGGAUACCCAAAGGUCAAGCGGACUGGGGUUCACAAUGGAAAACGCUUGGUCUCGACACGCAAGGAGGAAGAGACAACAGCAGGAAGCUGCUCAGGAUGGGCCUGGCGAGGCAGAAGCUCUGUUCGAUACCGAGAAUGCAGUGUUUGGGUUUAUCAUUCAGGUGAGGCGCCCGGGCCUCGAAACUGCUGAUGUCACUGUGAGAUGGGUAAAGGGCGUUGAUUCAGUCAUCUUUGAGAGCUUCUGCGGUAUGUUGAAGAGGAAAGUAGGGGGAAGAUAG